UUUCAUUUUCACUUCUUAAUAUUUCUCCUUCCGCCUUCUUCCCCGCCCUCGGGCUUCUUGUUCUCUUCUCUGAAUUCCGAGAGCUCGAGCGGAGCGAACGAGGGAGAGGAGAGAAAGAGAGAGAGGGAGGGAGUUGGAGGGAUAGGGCUACUCAACUGGUUCGAUUUUGAGGUAUUGCUUUGCGGCCGCUGGAGAAGAAGAUGAGCGCGAAUCCGGUGCAGGCGAGUUCUCAUGGUAACCUCGAUGAGCAAAUUACGCAGCUUAUGCAGUGCAAGCCGCUUUCCGAACAAGAGGUGAGAGUCUUAUGUGACAAAGCAAAGGAGAUUUUGAUGGAAGAAAGCAAUGUUCAGCCUGUGAAAAGCCCUGUAACCAUUUGUGGUGACAUUCAUGGACAAUUUCAUGAUCUAGCUGAAUUGUUUCGUAUUGGUGGAAAGUGCCCAGAUACCAAUUACUUGUUCAUGGGAGAUUAUGUUGAUCGUGGGUAUUAUUCUGUUGAAACUGUCACGCUUCUAGUGGCUCUCAAGGUGCGUUACUCUCAGAGAAUCACAAUCCUUAGGGGUAACCAUGAAAGUCGGCAGAUCACACAAGUUUAUGGAUUCUAUGAUGAAUGCUUAAGAAAAUAUGGAAACGCAAAUGUGUGGAAGAUAUUUACGGAUCUCUUCGAUUAUUUUCCAUUGACUGCAUUGGUCGAGUCAGAAAUAUUUUGUUUGCAUGGUGGAUUAUCCCCAUCUAUCGAGACUCUUGAUAACAUUCGCAAUUUUGAUCGUGUUCAAGAAGUUCCACAUGAGGGACCAAUGUGUGAUCUCCUGUGGUCAGACCCCGACGAUCGAUGUGGUUGGGGCAUCUCUCCUCGAGGUGCUGGAUAUACAUUUGGCCAGGAUAUAUCUGAGCAAUUCAAUCAUACGAACAACCUUAAGCUGAUCGCUAGAGCUCAUCAAUUGGUCAUGGAGGGAUAUAACUGGGGGCAUGACCAAAAGGUCGUAACCAUUUUUAGCGCUCCUAAUUAUUGCUACCGCUGUGGGAACAUGGCAUCCAUAUUGGAAGUUGACGAUUGCAAGGGUCACACGUUUAUUCAGUUUGAACCAGCACCCAGGAGAGGUGAACCCGACGUAACUCGCAGAACGCCUGAUUAUUUCCUAUAAUGAAUCCUACUGCUUGAACAUGCUAUUGAUUUCUGGCAGAGAUCAAUCAAUUAUUUCAAGCUGCUUAACUUGGUCGGUUUGAAGGCUGGGGGAAAUUAUGGGGAGGGAGGAGGGAAAGAUUAUGAGAAUCUACGAAAUUGAGUACUUUGUAAUUAGUUUCAUUUUGUGUUUGCGAAGCAGCAGAGUGCUGCGGCAUUGCAGCCGCAGCUUGGGAUGUAUUAUCAUUAUUGGAAGGAGUACUUGUGAUUUUCCUCUCUUUGUUUUGAUUUGUCUCUAAUUAUAUUUAUUUCUUUUUGGUCUUGUAGAGGUAAAAGAUUGCUCUUAAUGUGUCGAAUUCAAAGCUCUGACCAGUCGUUUGUGUCCUCUAUUAGAAAAAAAAAGAAUUUUCUCUGCAAUCCAUUUUUCGUCUGUAAUUCUCUUAAGAUUCAAAUUCCUUUUAAUUACAGCGUGGUUUAUGUUUUAUAUUGCCAAA